CGCGCGAGAAAGCGAGUCUCUUCCCAGUCAGGCACUCGUGGGUGUUCAGUACAAGUGCUACAUUAGACAGAGUACACACAGUAUGGCAUUCAUCAUAAGUCUACUGAAGAAGGGGUCCAUAGUGCUAUUGGUUCUACUGUGUGUGUCGCUCUAUAAACACCUGAAGACUAUGCAACCUCAGAAGAUGAUGGUAGAAGAAGCUGUAUUACCUAUGACCUGGUUUCCGACUCAGGAUCUUCAAGAACGAUUAGCACACAGACGACAACGUGUACAUGAGGUCUGCAACAAAUACGGUUUCAACUCCUCGAGAAACCAAAUCAUAAACUCGAAGGAAUUUCUGGUCAACAAAGAGCAUGGGCUCAUAUGGUGCAACGUUUUCAAGGCUGCCUCUUCCACUUGGAUGUGGCACUUCAACAUUCUUGCAGGAUAUACUGAAGAGGAAUUAUUGGAUAAUAUUAACGAUCCUUUGAACAUGGCCCGAGCAAGGUAUCCGAGACUGGACGAGCAGUCUCUCCGAACCGCUUUGCAGUCAUCUCCACCUCCUCUUGCCUUCAUGAUCGCCAGGCACCCUUUCAUUCGCCUGGUGUCAGCUUACAGGGAUAAGAUCGCAAGGUACGCGCCACCAUAUCAAAGCCUGCAUCAUCGUAUAAUGAAAGCACAUCCAGAGCUUGGGGUGGGGACAGCUAUUAAGCUACUGGGUAUUCUCUUUGGCCAACGCCAAUACCCCACCUUUCCCCAGUUCGUGCAGUACGUCUUAGACCAGCAUCGUAGUAAGCUGUCUUUAAACGAACAUUGGGAAUCCAUGUUUAAGUACUGUACGCCGUGCCAAGCCAACUUUACCGUGUUUGCAAAGGUUGAAACCCUAGAUGAAGACAGCAGUUAUAUUAUGCAUGCUUCGGGUAUCCAAGGUCUUCUAAAACCGAAGAUUAUCAACAGAGGUCAAGAGGGCUCCUCGGAAAAAGUAGCAAAGCAUUUCUUAUGUCAGUUAAGUAAGAGACAAAUACGGGGACUGAUUUCUCUUUACAAAUACGAUUUGGAAAUGUUCGAAUACGACCCAAAAAUGUACUUGGAUUGUGCAUCUGACUAAUAAGGAGUAUUUCAAUGUAGGACAGGGCUACCCAACUGUUAUGAGCAAAGGUCCAUUUAGGCAAGUUCCAAUAUAUUCAAAGGUCUGGAUAUAUAUUUCACAUGUAAUCACGAAAAUCUGAGGACUCGUAAGUUUCUCAUAUGAUUUUUAUUUAUUUCAUAUUCACUCGAAGACGUACACUUUCAAGAAUCCAUCGCCAGGACCUUCAUUUUACUGAGUAGCCCUGUUAUACCGUGUGGUAUUCUUUUGUAUAUUAGAUUUGCUUGGGUGACGUGCAAUGCAGAAAAUGAUAUUGUGCAAUCCUAAGUGGUAGAUACACCGAUAUUUUUUGGAUGAAAAUGGAAUAUUUUACAGAGAGCAAAUAAGACUGUGACAAUAGCUAUUGUAUAUAUCAAUAUGUACAGCGGAAAUAAAUAUUUAUGUGACAUAA